AAAUUUCUGAUAUCAUUUUGCAGACAUUGUAUCUGGUAAUUCGUGGAAUUAAUUCAUUUCUUGUUUCAGUUGUAUGUGGAGGAAGAUUUGGGGUUAAGGAAGGAGGAGGCUCUCCUAUAUUGUAUGGAUUGGUAAGUGGCCAGUGGGCGGCUCUUUCCUAAUUAGUCUCACUUGCCCCUCUGCAGGCCAUUCCAGUUUGGAAGCUCUGAGCUGGUGGAAGGGUCAGUCCAAGGAUGGCUGCCAGCAAGGUGGUGAAGAGGCUGAUUAAUAAAUCCAGCUCCCCCUCCAGCCCCAGGAGACCUGGCCAGAUGAUACAAAGGAGACAAGCCAGGGUCACAGUGAAAUAUGACAGGAAGGAGUUACAGAAGAGACUGGAUGUAGAGAAGUGGAUUGAUGACAGCAUGGAGGAGCUGUAUUUGGGAAGGGAGAUGGACAUCCCAGACGACAUCAACAUUGAUGAUCUGCUGGACUUCAAUACAGACGAGGAGAGGAGGCACCACCUGCUGGUCUUAUUGAAACCUUGCUCCAAGAGCACAGAGGGUUUCAUACAGGAUCUACUAAUUAAGCUGAAGGGUCUCCAGAAACAAACCAUCCUGAGGAAGAAUGGGUUGGAUAUCCAUAAUGAAGAUCAGAUUAAUGAAGAUGCGUGAUGGUUAUCGAAUACCUGGCACCAGGGGUCAAAGUGCAAAGACUGUUACAACCUGCUGAUUGGUACCGCAGGGUCUGGAUGUGGAUGCAUUUUGUAAUUUUUAUUAUUUUAAAAUGGCAAUAAUGUGCGGUCAGUGACAGCGCCCUCUCUUGGCAGCGUCCCAGAAUGCCUCAUUGCUUGAUAACUCUCUCACUGCUGGAGCGUCCUUUGUGCAGGUGGAGUAGUUUUUAAUAACAAAGUAAAACCAUAGCAGACAAAGCUCUCACACGGCCUGGCUUUUAAUGUCACUUGUACACGUUGCCACCCAUUAUACAAACAUUCACCGUAUUCUGUAUGUAAAUCGUAUGAUAGAUUGAGUUCAGACUCUCUAGACUUGACACGCGUUGUACGUGGGGGGUCUGUGCUCAUUACGCAGAGUAGGAUUCAAUGUAUAUCACUCUGUAUCUCUGCGCUCUCCCUCUAUGAAUUCAUUAGAUCAGUUAAGUUUUUGCUUUCAUUUUGGCUUCGUCUCUGCCUAGUACACAUUUUCAAUCACAAAUAUAUCCCUACCUUUGUGCCCAGAAUAUCGAUAUCUAUCGAAUUAUAAUUCUAUUUGUAGGCAGGUCUGAUGCAUGGGUUACAUUUACAUGUACCUGCAGGGUAAAACCUGCACAUGAGUCGCAUGUACUAUACAUACCAGCAUGCAUACAGAUGGUCAUAGAGUAUGUACAAGUACAGUAUACACAAAUAUCUGUUUGUUCAAUCUUUUAGGUCAUAGAUUGAUGAUCUUCUUCUUAAUAUUCCUGACAUUUGCAGCUCUAAACAUGAGCUGCUCAGGGGCGUGUUCCAAGUAUUGGAUGCGCAGGGGCGUGUUCUAAGUGCAGUGUGCUCAUGGGUAUUUCUUUAGAGGGGGAUUAGCAGUAAUAUAGCCAUAUUGACUAAGAUAGUAAGAGUGCUUAAUCCUGUACAUGCAGGAUGUGUAUUCCAUGCAGUGGUGCAUGUCACUGUGAAUUAAUCUGCUGUUUGGUUCUGUUCCAGAACAUUUAAAAUGUGUGAAGUUAGAUUUUAUUUAAUAAACCCAACAUGUCAUGCCCAACAUGUCUUAGAAAUGAAUGUAAAUGGAUGAACAUUUAUAUGUUCAUUAGAAAUCGUGUCUAUUGUACAAGCCAUUCACACAGCAUUUACUGCUUAUACAUCAGACACAUGUAUAUCAUACAGGGGGAGUCAGAGUCUGGAGAAAUAACUAUAGACUGUGCGUCCAACCUAUGCUUACAGUACGACAACCUAUUUAUAUUAUAUGGCGUUGUGCUAUUUAUAUGCUUUGUCACUUUUUAAAAUAUGACAAUGUUGUAAUAUUUUCUUUUUAUAACUUUUAAUAAACCAUUUUUAGUUUAAGAA